AUGGUGAAACAUUCAGCUUAUGGAGACACAUCAAUAGCAUUGCAUAUAGACUGUAUAGAGUCACUGGUGAUGCACGUUUCCAAAUUGUUGGUGCGUCUAGGUCAAUACGAACAAAAUAAUUGCCCUGCUACUGACAAAAAUUGUGUGCCUUGUGCGGAGAGACUGCCCAGCUGUGUAGGACUGCCAGAUGGCAACAAUAUAUUUCCAUCUAGGGCUCACACAAGAUGGUAUAUAAGGUGCUACCAGAAUCGAACUUUAGAAGUCACACGCUGUCCACCCAAUACCAUAUUUGACAUCACUACAUACACAUGCACUUCUUCAAUCGUUGGAAAUGAGUGGGAGGAGUUCUGCAAGGUCAAUCCACGUGCCAUUCAGCCUCAUCGUGUAAACUGCGCUCAGUUCUAUAACUGUACUGCUGCUGUAUCUGGAGAAGGGUCUUUGCUGCAAGAGUGUAGAUAUCCAGAUCUCUUCUCUCAGUCUUCUCUUAGGUGUGAUGAUUUCCAGUCUGUGCCAUGUGGUGCUAGGCAUGAGCCUCAGACACCGUGCGAAUAUAAGCAGAACUUGUGUCAGCCCAGUGAUAAGAAAUGUCAGCCUUGUCCGAUUCGUCUGCCUAGCUGUUUAGGAUUGAGUGAUGGCCAGAACCCCCACCCAAGUCAUCUUUGGGGUGAAGACUACAUUGUCUGUUUUGAAAAUAGAACACUUGAAGUAUUAAAAUGCAGAGUAGGAUACUUCAACCCCAGAACGCGAAGAUGCUCUGACUUUGUUGACCCAGUCGAUAUGGUCUCUUACUGUCAAGCCUAUCCAACUGUCACUGUUGCACAACCUUGGAACUGUGCCCAGUUCUUCAACUGUUCACAUCGACAAUCAAAGUUUGGUGGUUUCCUGAAUGAAUGUCCUUAUCCUAUGCUUUAUUCCACAGAUAAACAUGACUGCUUAAAUUUUACACUUGUCAACUGUAAAUCCAGGCCUGAACCACAAUCACCAUGUGAAUACAGACAGAACUUGUGCAGUAGUAAAGGUAUGGAUUGUGUCCCCUGUUCGACACGUCUCCCUAGCUGUGUUGGACAACCUGAUGGAUUCAACUCUUUUGCGGGUGCUCUGUGGACGGUGAAGUACAUUCUGUGUUUCAGGAACAGAACAAUUGAAGUUAACUCAUGUAAAUCAGGUGUGUUCAAUCCAGUGAAAAGGGAGUGUGAUAGCCGUUUACGGCCAGGGGAAAGAUAUUGCCAAAGUAACCCAGGUAGUGUUGUUCCACAUCCGGCUAAUUGCGCUCAGUACUACAACUGUUCUCAAAGAAACACCAGACUGGGGGGCUACUUGAUGGAGUGUCCAUACCCUCAGCUCUUUUCGACUAUCUCACACUCUUGUCAGGAUUUCACCACUACUCAAUGUCACAGUCGUUUUGAACCAAAGAGUCCAUGUGAAUAUAUUAAUAACAGAGAGUCUUCCAUUGCUGUUCCAAAAUCAAGCAUUCCUUGUCCUGAAAGACUCCCAUCAUGCUUAGGGUUAUCUGAUGGAAGACAUGAAUUUUUGGGUAGGAGGUGGAUGUCUGACUACAUAAUAUGCUAUCAUAACCGAACAGUAGAAAUGACAAAGUGUUCAGAAGGAUACUUUGAUCCAUACCAACGUAUCUGUGUAAAGUGGAUACCUCAACAUAACAUUGUGGAGUUUUGUGGAAAUCAUCCUCAGGCCUUCAUGCCACACCUUAAUAACUGUGCACAAUACUUUAUCUGCAAACAGUUACAGUCAUCAAAAUCACAGUUACUCGAAAUUCAGGAAUGUCCUUACCCACAACUUUUCUCCAGCCAAACGAUGAAAUGUCAAGCAUUUCAUACUGUUCAGUGUAUUGGAAGGAAAGAACCAAUGUCUCCGUGUGAAUACAAGCAAAAUGCAUGUCGACUAAAUUACUCAGACUGUAUCCCCUGCCUUGAAAGGCUACCAAGUUGUGUGGGGGUUCCUGAUGGACCUCAUGCUUAUCCAAACAGAAUCUGGACAUACUGGUACAUCUUAUGUGACCGAAAUAGGACAAUAGAGAUUAGAAAAUGUCAACAUGAGCAAGUUUUUGACCCAAAGUUCAAACAGUGUGUCUCUCCUUAUUUUCCAGGGAUUUGGUGA